AUGGCGGAAGAAGGCUGUCAGAAUUUCUUUGCGGAUCAACUGUCAAAUAGUCAGCAGUACCAAUACUGGGAACCAUUUCAUUGUGAAACCGAUUACGACCUAUUGUCAUUGGGAUAUCAAUCUCCCGUGCGUAUAACUUCGAGCCAGCAGCGGAUAGCCAAAUUGACUAAUGAUAAACAGGCAGGCGCUCAAUGUACUCAAAUUUCUUCUCCAUUAACAAGCAGUACCGCCGAGAUGAGCACUACAGCAUGGUACCCGCCCGGCUCCGAAUAUUCGCCAAGAAGUCAAGACAGGAGUCGUACUCCCAGCCUAGAUUUUGAACCAAACUUCCAAACCCUCAAGCUCGGCCAUAUCAGUUCAACCAAGGACACGGAGAAGAGACGCCAACAAAACCGCAACUCUCAAAUCGCCCAUCGACAACGCAAUAAAAAACUGAUCGAGGAUCUACGACAAGAACUUACAGACUAUUCUGUGUACAGUCAGGAUAUGUAUCAUACCCUGCAGUCUUUGAGGGAGACGACGAAAGCUCUAGUUUCGACAAUCGACCAGGCCCUCAGUAUGCAUCCACCAAAGCGGAACGACCUCACUACCAAAGAGCAAAAGAGUAGUGGUAACUCUGGAAUGUCAAUGUAG